CACAACAUAACAACAGGUGUUGGAAUGGCAUCAAAAACAAUAGCAAAUAGUUUGGGUGUCCCAGGGACCUUAAAAUGGUUGAGAAAUUCUUGGUAAUUAAAAAGUUGACCUUCCUUAUUGAAAAGCUCGGUGGGCCACUUUUGAGACGUAAAAGAUGGGCUGGACGUUCAAAAGUACUUUUACACCUUUGGCUCCGCCCCCUUCACGGCGUUCAACUCCCAUGACGUCUUUGUGCUAAAUCUUUCAAAGUUUGAACAACAAUGUGACAAAUACUCCACUUUCUUGUUGUCCAUCAUGAAGAUGUGCUUCAUCUUCCCAGCGGUGCUUCUUUGCACGACAGCCGCCUUGGACUCGGCGGUGGGCGGCCAGCAGCAGCAGCAGCAGCCGGGGGAGGAGAGCACCUGCGAGGCCAACGGCAGCCUCUACUACGCGGGCGAGUGGUUCUUCCUGGACUCGGACCACUGCACCCAGUGCGAGUGCACGGCCGAGGGCUCGGUGUGUGUCCGCACCCAGUGCACCUCCCUGCCGGCGGCCUGCGUCCAUGUGAGCCGCUACCCCGGCGACUGCUGCCCGCGGUGCGAGAGGAUCGGGUGCGAGUACCGGGGAGAAGUCUACGAGCUGGGCCGCGACUUCCAGCCUACAGAAUGUGAGCAGUGCACGUGUGCCAGUGACGGCAUCGCCCAGUGUUUGGUGGCGGACUGCGCUCCUCCCCCGUGUGUCGACCCGGUGUACCUGCCAGGAAAGUGCUGCCCCGAGUGCACUGAGGGUCCAAAUUGCUACGUGGACUCGUCUCACAGCCAGGUGAUUCCUGCCGGGCAGCCCGUCUGGGUGGACUCCUGCACCAAGUGUCGUUGCCAUGACGGCCAAGAUGUCAGCUACUGGGAGGGAAACCGCUUGGCCACCUGCUCCCGCCUGAAAAACUGCACUCUUGAAACACAAAAGUGAUUGUGGUGUCUGCAGAGGAUCAGCUGGCAUGUUUGUUGUUACACACGACACAGUUGGCAUGUUUGUUGUUACACACGACACAGUUGGCAUGUUUGUUACACACGACACAGUUGGCAUGUUUGUUACACACGACACAGUUGGAUCAGUCGCACGCCGUCCGUCUUCACUAAUGAGCUCAGUGCAGCAAUUGUGGGGGAAGACCACAAAUGCGAACCAAAGAUGGUGUUUAGCUACUGUCGGAGGCAGAUAUUUACAUAUAUCCGAAUUUAAGUGUUACUUCUUUUAUUUCAUAGUCAUAUUUGAAAACAGCUCGUGUUUUUCCAUUUGUUCUCUUUCUGUUUGUCUGCAAGUAAACUGUGUGUGUUAACCUUGAAGCUUUGGAAUGUAAGAAAGAGAGAUAAUGUGCAUGUGUUUUGACUAGAGAGACUUAAGAGGGGAGAGGGUUUUUUCGGGAGGACAGACCAUCUUAGGGGCGCAAUUUAAUGUUCUAUGCUGGACUGGUCUCAAUGUAUAUCUGCAAAGCUUUGCAAAUAUAUUACAAAAUACUUAUUCUGUCUCUGGUGGUUUUUCAACUCAGCUUUAAGUGUCGUAAAGAGCUUGGGAGCGACUUGUGACUUGAAUUCCCUGGGAGGAACAAUUGGUCCAAAACACAACACUACCGUAUUUUCCGCACUAUUAGCCGCACCUAAAAACCACAAAUUUACUCAAAAGCUGACAGUGCGGCUUAUAACCCGGUGCGCUUUAUAUAUUGAUUAAUAUUAAGAUUCAUUUUCAUAAAGUUUCGGUCUCGCAACUACGGUAAACAGCCGCCAUCUUUUUUCCCCGUAGAAGAGGAAGUGCUUCUUCUUCUACGCAAGCAACCGCCAAGAUAAGCACCCGCCCCCAUAGAACAGGAAGCGCUUCUUCUUCUACUGUAAGCAACCACCCGCCCGCGUAGAAGAAGCGCGCGGAUAUUACGUUUCAUUUCCUUUGUGUGUUUACAUCUGUAAAGACCACAAAAUGGCUCCUACUAAGCGACAGGUUUCCGGUUCAUGAAAAGACGCAAUCUCUCCAUCCGCACACGGACUACUAUUUCACAGCAACUGCCUAAAGACUUU